AUGGGCGACUCACAAGACGUCUCAUGCCCCAUAAACCCUCCUCUAUCGACGACUGAACGGACCGUCUUCGGCACCCGAGGAUGCGUUGUCUACGGCUACCCCUCAACUGGCGGGGUUCUCAGAAAAGAGGCUGACCUUCUCGACAUGCUUUUCCUAUCGCUCCCCCGCUCUCAUGUAUCGCAGCACUCACCCAGUGCCGACGAAGAAGACAGGUUCUGUAAUCUCAUGCGACGGACUGGUGCGAUGUGGUGGCCGAGUAAGGAGGAUUGGAUCGAGGUGCAAAUGGGCAUGAGGGAGAUGACGGAGGAAGAAGAAAAGGUGCUGGUGUUUGGUUGGCCGACGGAUGGAGUGGGUGUGUGGGUGUUGAGGUUUGCGAGUGCCCGGCAACUCCCAAGAGAUUUUGGGAGAAUGAGUUUAGCGAUGAAUAUGGAGGAGAAGAUACAGAUGAUGAGAGAGUAUGGCGCUACGUUUGUGGAAGAUGUCACGCAGGUGGAGGAACUUCAUGAUACAUUUUGA